AUGGUGGGUGGGGGUUUAUGGUCUGGGUCUUUUUCUCAAGCUACCUUUUAUAAGCAAUUCUUCAGGUUUGUGCGUGUUUUCUUCCUCGCUCUCUUGAUUUCCCCCACUCCACCACCAACCAACCGAAUUUUUAGCAUAUCUUUAUUUGUGCAGUUUAAUUUAACUCAGCAGUAUUAUUGGAAAGGGUCAGGUCAUUUUUCUUUCUUUCUCUCUCUCUCUCUCUUUCUUCGCUAUUCACUCUCUCUCUUUCUUCGCAAUUCACUCUCUCUCUUUCUUCGCUAUUCACACUCUCUUUCUUCGCUAUUCACACUCUCUCUCUCUUCACUAUUCACACUCUCUCUCUCUUCACUAUUCACACUCUCUCUCACUAUUCACACUCUCUCUCUCUCUUCACUAUUCACACUCUCUCUCUCUCUUCACUAUUCACACUCUCUCUCUCUCUUCACUAUUCACACUCUCUCUCUCUCUUCCUAUUCUACCUCUCUCUCCUUUCUCUCUUUUCACUAUUCUCUCUUUCUCUCUCUUUCACUAUUCUCUUCCUCUCUCUCCUCUUCUCUCUUCACUAUUCACUCUCUCUCUUCUCUUCACUAUUCCACUCUCUCUCUUCACCUCUCUCCUCUUCUUUCAAUUUUUCACCUCAUUCUCUUCCUCUCUCUCUCACUAUUCUCUCUCUUUCUCCUCUUCACUCUCUCUUCUCCUCUUCUCUCUCCUCUUCUUCACCUCUCUCUCUCUCACUCUUCACCUCUCUCUCUUUCUCCUCUUCCACACUCUCUCUCUUUCUUCACACUCUCUCUCCUCUUCACCUCUCUCUCUUUCUCCUCUUCACCUCUCUCUCUUUCUCCUCUUCACUCUCUCUCUUUCUCUUUCACUCUCUCUUUCUCUCUUUUCUCACUCUCUCUCUCUUUCUCACUCUCUUUCUCCUCUUUUCUCUUGCUUCACACUGUGGAUGAAAGGAGUGGAACUUAUUCGGUUGGGCGAGAUUCCUUUUUGCUUUUAAAAGAUUCCCCGACCAAAGAGGCGUGGAAAAAAGUUUUUACUUUAUCUACCGAUAUGGGUCAAAUCACCCAACACUAUGGUUUUCGUGUCAUUUCAAACGAUAGAAAAAAGGUGUUUGUUUUGUUUCUUGUUUGCCGAAAAUUUGUCAUUUCUUCCUGA